AUGGCCGCCGAUUUCAACAUGGUACACGGCCAGCGGCCGUCCACAGCCAUGACCGACUCCGCGUCUCCCGGGCCGCGUCAGAACCACCAGCGCUCCAAGUCGAGAUCGUCCGUCUUGCGCUCGCUUAUGGGUGGUGGCCACCACAGGCGCAACAACUCGGAUGGCAUCGCCCUCCCCGCCGCUCCAUUGUUGUCGACGAACCCCGGUUUCCAUCUUUCGCAGCGUGAUCUUGCCGUGGAUAGAGCCGUCGGCGUGAGUGCGUACCCAGUGGGUUUUAGUUACAAGGAGUUUGAGGGCAUGGAUCCCGAUCGCUACGCGUACACGCGAGCGCUGUUCAACGACAUGCAGAGCCGCCAAGCAGACCGGUCGCCCGAAAGGCGGGGUCGCGAGCGCGACCGUGAGCGGGACGGGCCGUCGACUGCUACAACAACGCCAUCGCCGAUAAAAAAUGGCUUUGCAACCAUUUCUCUUAAAUUGGGUGGAUUUCGCGACAAGAGCAGGGACCGCGACAGUGGUGACCCAAGCAGGCCGCCCAGGUCCACCAGAAACAACGAAAACUCACCUAAGAAGGCGAAGUCGGCUACGAAUCUGGCGGCGCUGUUGGGGAGACCCAAGUCGAUGAAGAAUCUGAAGCAGUUUCUAGUAGAUGAUGACAACAGUGGCCCCUCGCGCCCAGGGAAGGAUAGGGAGAACAGGACUCCGCCGACAACAUCGCUUGGUGCUGCUGGCGAUUGCGUUCAUGCGGUGCCCACACCGCCGACGCCCAUCUACAUGCAAUAUGCCAGCCAGCGGACUUCUGAUGCAUCGUCCUCGGCCGACUCGCAUAUUGUCGUGUCAACCAAUCUCCGAAGCAGUGGGAACUCAGCCUCUGGAAAUGACCGUCCUCCGGUCACGACGCCAUCGCUGGGCAGAAGGCCCCGGCCCAAGUCGUUCCAGACGUAUCUUACCCGACGGGAGGAACCCGCAUUUACUGCGGCCGAAUCCGGCGACAACCAUAGCGACAGCAAUAGUAGCGCCGGCAAUCGCACUCGGAGAAUGACCUGGGGCCGAUACAACGGCCCAUCCCCGAUUCCGACGCCGGGAGCUGCCCCGCCAGCAACACCGUCCCGGCCAGAGAUGAGGCCGCGGUCAAAGUCAGGGCUGGCCCCAUCGGGCACUCCCGGCUCAGCCGCGGCUGAAUUCUUCAUCGACCCCAAGGACAUCGAUAAGCACCUCGAAGCGAUGCUAGAUCGGCGCAACAUCCCCGAGAACCAACGUUACAAGAUGCGCAACCUGAGCGACACCAUCAAGAUGGAGUUCAUCCGCCAAGACUGGGCCGAAAUGCAGGCGGCCUUGGAGCGGCCUUCCUCUCUGGAUGGUGCUGUUCUUGCAUCAGGAUCAGAUGGCGGCGCUGGCGGGGCGGCCGCAGGGGGUGAGGGGUCCAGCGUAGGAGCAACCGAGGAUGGUAGCCCCAAGAAGAAGAAGCAUGGCCGGGGGCUCAGUUUAACCCUCGUCCGGGGUAGCGGCAACAAAUCUAACCCGACGUCGCCGACCAAGAAGCACAAGCGCGACAGCAGCCUAGGGAGGCAUUUCCGCACAAAAUCCAGCGAGAGCCUUGUCAGUGACGGUGCCUUGACACCCAGUGGGGGCGCGGGUUCGCUGCCGGGGUACUACGGCAACGGGUUCCUGGCCAAAGUCAAGGGGCAACAGCUGCCAGGCGACUUUGUGGCGUACCUGCAAAGAGUACAGAAGCCGGAGGAGGUAGAAGUUGGCAAGCUGCACAAGCUGCGUCUACUACUGCGCAACGAGACGGUUGCGUGGACCGACGAAUUUGUACGGCUGGGCGGUAUGCGCGAGAUCGUCGAGCUUCUGUACCGCAUCAUGGCCGUCGAGUGGCGCGAGGAGCACGAGGAUGCCCUGCUGCACGAGAACCUUCUGUGUCUCAAGGCGCUGUGCACGACGGACUUGGCUCUGCAGUACCUGCACGAGAUCCAUGCGACCUUAUUCCCGCGACUGCUACGCAUGAUUUUUGAUCCAGAGAAGAAGGGUCCCAGCGAGUUUACCACCCGCAAUAUUGUUACUUCACUGCUGUUUACAUACAUCGAGACAGCGCCACCACUCGAGCGCAUCAGCCGUGCGAAGGCCGUUCUGGGAUUCCUUCGUGAUCCAGAGCCACCAGAGAACGAAAAACCGGUUGAUUUCGUUCUUGAAAUGCGCCGCGAACGGCCUUACCGCAUCUGGUGCAAGGAAGUUGUCAGCGUCACCAAGGAAGUGUUUUGGAUCUUCUUGCACAAUCUCAACAUUGUCGCUUUGCCCUCGGCUGAUAGCAGAGCUGGGGCUAGUUCCUCAGACCAAGCAAACUGCAACCCCGCUGAAGAUGGGAGCACAUCUUCCGAUCAGAAUCCCGAUGAUCCUCACGGUCAUCUUGCCUACAUGGCUCGUCACUUCCCACAGGAGCGGCCGCCAGUUCCGGCAGCUCCGUAUGUUGGCGGCGUAGAGUGGGAGGCUACCAACUACCUCGCUAGCCACCUGGACCUGCUCAACGCUAUCAUCGCGUGCACGGGGCCGACAGCGGCAGAACGCAACGCGCUGCGAGCCGAUCUGCGCAUUUCGGGCUUUGAGCGUUGUCUCGGCGGCAGCUUGCGUACGUGCAAAGAAAAGUUUUAUGGUGCGGUACACGAUGGGCUGCGGACAUGGGUCGCCGCAGCAUACGAAGAUGGUUGGGACGUUCGUGACGUGAGGUAUGGCCCGCCGCCACCUGAGACGCCACGGAGCCGAGGGGCCUCUCCGGCGAAGAAGACGCCCAAGAAGCAGGCCAAAGCGGACGGGCAGCAGCCGGCCAAGAGUGACGAUGUGCCCAAGCUCGAGAUCCCAAAGUUGGAUCUUGGCGUGGAUGGACCUCCCGUGCUGUCUUCAAUCAAGGGCGUGUCGGCUUCCUUGAAGAAGCUUGGUGAUGAUGGGGGUUGGUUGUCUUGA